UCCACAUUUGGUGGUGAAUCCUAUAAAACGCGCUUUUUCUCACCAAAAUUCCUCUAUUUUCCCGCUGUUUCCUUCAAAUACACAAUUUUCCCCUUCAUUUUCCCGCUCAUUCCCUCAAAUCACCCAAACUCAACUCAACUCAACUCAAUCCUAGAGAGCGAGAGAAAACGAUGAAUGCUUCAACGAAGAAGAAAAUUCAGAAAAAGUGCAAAAUCAGAGGCUACAACAUCAAACCAGAAGCACUCGAAGAAAUCCUCUCUUUCGUUACUCGCUUUGAAAGCACCCAAGAAGAAGACGAAGCCACCGAUAUUGUUCUUGAUCACCUCGAACAGGAAUCUCUGAAAUCUGCGAUAAUCGAUGUGGAACCAGUGCAACGUGUGGUGAACUUGCUAUUGGCAGCCGAUGGGACGGAGGAAACUAAUGAUAUGUUCGCUUCCUCCUCUUCUUCAGCCAUUGGUGUCAUUGAUGUGUUUGAUAUUCCUAGAUAUAAAUACGACCCUAUCAGAAGGAACUUCUACCAACACCCAGGAAGCUUACCUCGUCUUGGGGACCCACCAGCAAAAUCUGCUCUGUAUAGAGAUAGAUUUUUGUUGUUGUCCCAAAGGCUUUCUCGCCAUCAGGAUUUUUCAAGGCCGGCUUUUGAGUCCGAACUUUCACAAUUCCGGAGCUGUGAGAUAUCUCCUAUUCAAUCCCUGGUUGGGCGAAAAGGUAGAAGAUGGGUAAUGGGAGUAAUAUCUCAGCUGGAGGAUGGACACUUUUAUUUGGAAGACCUUAGCGCUUCUGUUGAAAUCAACUUAACUGAUGCUAAGAUUACCACAGGAUUCUUCUUAGAGAACACUAUAGUUGUGGCCGAAGGCGAGAUGCUUGCAGAGGGCAUUUUUCAGAUUUUUACAUGUGGGUUUCCUCCACUAGAGGAUAGAGAUAUAUCACUUCAAGUGCUUGCGGGACAUGAUUUUUUUGGUGGUGGUACUUUUACAAAAGAAGAAACGAUCAGGCAAGUAGAGAUGGAGAAAAGAGCAGUCAAUGACAUGUUUGUCAUACUAUCUGAUAUUUGGCUAGACAAAGAAGAGACUUUUGGAAAGCUAGAGAUUGUUCUUGAUGGUUUUGAGAGUGUGGAUGUGGUUCCUUCCUUAUUUGUUUUCAUGGGAGACUUUUGUUCUGAGAAAUGUAGCCUUGCAUUUAACGCUUAUUCAAGCCUAAGGUCGCAAUUUGGCAAACUAGGACAAAUUAUUGCUGCCCGUCCACGUUUAAAAGAGAACUGUCGAUUUCUUUUUAUUCCUGGUCCUGGCGAUGCAGGCUCAACAGCUCUUCCAAGGUGUGCUCUGCCUAAAUAUUUAACCGAGGAGCUCCAAAAUUAUAUUUCCGGUGCCAUAUUUUCAAGCAAUCCUUGCAGGGUAAAAUUCUAUACCCAAGAAAUUGUAUUUUUCCGCCAGGAUCAGCUAUAUAACAUGCGUCGAUCGUGUUUACUACCACCUUCUGAGACAGAAACUGUUGAUCCUUUUCAGCAUCUUGUUGCCACCAUAACCCAUCAGAGUCAUCUCUGUCCACUCCCUCUAACUAAACAGCAACCCAUCAUAUGGAAUUAUGAUCAUUCCCUUCAUUUAUAUCCAAAUCCGCACACGAUAGUCUUGGGAGACAGAAGUCCGCAGAAGGCAUUUAAGUACACAGGAAUCACUUGUUUUAAUACCGGAUCCUUCUCAAUGGAUAGCACAUUUGUAGUGUACCGUCCUUGCUCUCAGGAAGUUGAAUUGUCAUCGUUGUGAACUGAAUAUGAUUCUCUUUGGUUGUCAUCCUCUGAUUAUCAUCAGCAUGUAAACAUGCCGUCUUCAGUUUUAUCAGAUCAGAUAUAUAUACAAGGCAAUGAGCGGAGCGGUAAAUCUGGUAUUGCUGCCUUUUCCUCCUGGGAGGUUGAAGACACAACUAUUCUUGUUUUAUGUAACUUAAUGACCUUGUCAAGCUGUGAAUUGUUAGUAUAGUAGGAAUUUUCUAGUCUAGUCGAGGCAGUUUGUUUUUAAUUUGGAAGUUCAUAUUACAGAAAAUGUGUUUUUUGAAUAGUGAUAUACUACAAUUAUUAUUGCAAUAUCAACAUAGGCUGUCCUGAUUUACCAAAAGAUA